CCCUAAAACUCGGAGUUUUCACUCUCGCCAUCAAGCUCACUCUCAACUCUCCGUUGAAUCUAAUUCUCUCUUUCAUCGCCAAGCUUAUAUGCUUGAAAUCUCAAUUUAGUGCAUUGUUCGUUAAGGAAUGGAGAUCGAUGGGCUAUGUGUUAUCUGCGCUGGUCUCGGAAUCGUCGAAGAGGACGACAAUGGUAAUCGGAUCGGUUACUCCAAGAGCGAAUACUGUUUAGAUAAUUUGAAGGAUUUGCUAAGAUUCUUGAGACGAGAUGACCCGCAAACUCGUGAUGUUUUUAAGCAAGUGUGUAAAUGGAACAUUGUGGCUAAAGAUCUGAUACCCAUUAUUGAAUACUGUCAAGAUGACCGUAAUGCAGUCUUAAACGCAGUGAAGAUUUUGGUGUUCCUCACAAUGCCCGUUGAACCCACGUCAAAUGAUAUUGCACAACAGAUUGAAUAUUUGUGGGGCUUGAAGUCCUUAAUUACAUGCUGUAAUGUUGUUGCCGUAGCUGUUUCACUUUUGGAGAGUCCGCUGGAAAAUCUGGAUUGUGAAACAUUCUCAGAAGACGACUGGAAAUUGGUGCAGCUGGUUAUGACACUCUUCCGAAAUGUUUUGGCUAUUCAAGAAAUCUCAUUGCAGCAAAAGGCUGAUGGAUCAGCUUGUCAGUUAAUAUUGCUCAGAGACAAAUUUCUGGAAGGUUUAUUCCGGGAGAAUGUAAUGGACAUAAUAUUGGUGAUAACGCAACAUAUUGAUGGCUCUUGCAGCCAUCUCCGUCAAGACAAAUUACUUUUUCUGGAAAUAUUUUAUUUCAUAUUUAUGGGACAAGAACCAGAGUUAAUUGCAAAAGUAUCUCAAAAUAGCAACGAGGAUAAUGUAGAAACUGUAUCUUCCGCCAAUAGUCUGAAGUCUCUGAUGGAGGAAGAUAGAAGGAAGCUUUCUAGAUCAUACAAUAUGAACCGCCAUUCUCAGUUCAGUGGAACUUUUACUCGACAUACCUUGGAUGGUUCGAAGUUAGUACUCAAAGGAAAGCCGUCGCCGACUUCUUGUAACAGUCUUAAACAACCUAAAGUUUGUCGGGGUCCAAUAAAAAAGAUUGCAUGGGACCAUGGACGAUUAACUUCAAAAAACAGCAAACUUCUGCGGUUACUUCAUGAUUUUAUCAACCAGUUUCUUUCAGGCGGCUACAAUGCUUUGAUGCAGUUGGUUCAUGAAGAUAUUGAAAAGGAACAUCAUUCCAUCCAGAACAACGAUGUGGUUGUUUUUUUUCAGGUGGCUCAGUUUGCUGUUUCUUUUCAGUAUCACAAGUUCUCAACUUCAAAGUCAAUUGAAGCUGAUACUACUGAGGCUCAAACAGAACAUGCUGAUUCCACAUUUUUCCAAGGUAACAUGUGCGGUCCAAUAGCUGCAACAAUGAACGAGGCAAUGUUUCAGCUAGUUGUUACAAAAUGGCGCUAUGCAUUUGAAGGCUUAAAGGAAACUAGUGAUUUUAAGUUUCUGUCUGCAGCUGGCUCUCUGAUGAAAAAUAUGAUUUGCAUGUUAGAUUUGGUGUUAAAGUUAUUGCCAGAAGAUUCGAAGGAACCUCAAACAGCUCGUAUUCUACUUUACAAAUUAUUUUAUGAUCAGACAGAUCAAGGGAUCACUCAGUUCCUCUUAAAUUUGCUCAAAUCAUUCAACACUCACAAACAACCCAAAAGUGAUCUUGCAGAUUUAGUUGAGAUGAUCUACAAAGUUGUACAGCUCAUGGAGGACCUCCAAGCACGUGGAACACUUCGGGUUUCUAAAAAAUCAAGGAGGGGAAGAAAAGCAAAGUCAGCUAGAAUCAGACAGUCAGAAGAUCAGGUAGCUGGGAAUAAGACGGCCAUAACCCAGAAUGAGAAAUCAAUAGAUGCCGAUGUUGGGGAGAACAAUGGCUUAAAAACAAGUAAUGAUGGUAAAGAAGAGAUAUCUAUUACCGCGCCUGAACUGCUAAACUUGAACACGGGGAGUUUUGAAGGCAGUCUGUCACAGAGGGAGAACAACAAAUUGAAUGAUGGUUAUAGCACAGCCGAUUCUUCUGGUAAUGAGCAGCAAAAUAGAACUGUGGAAGUUGAUCUUAAAGUAUCAAGUCUAGUAUCUACUUUUGCCAACAACAACAUUAUUCAGAAAAUAUGCUGGUUGCUUAAGUUUUACAAGAGCAAUUCUACCAAUACAAACCAUUACAUAAUAUGCAUUUUACGGAGGAUCACCGAGGAUUUAGAGCUUUCUCCAAUGCUGUACCAGUUGUCUCUUCUUCCCACAUUUUAUGAUAUUCUAUCUGAACUGAAAUCAAGUCCAUGCAAGGAACAUGCUAAUAUAGUUGAUUUCCUGACAAGUCUGGUGAGAAAGAUGCUAAGGAAGAUAAAGAAUCAGCCACUCCUUUUUGUGGAACUUCUGUUUUGGAAGACCCGAAAAGAAUGCCAUUACAUUGAUGCUGAGUACUUAGUGCAUGAGCUUGGCUGUUGGAAGAAAAAAAAUAAAGAGGAAAAUUUUACUGGUGAUGAUGAAAAUGGCUCGUUGAUGGGCAAGCAUUGGACUCCUAGAAGCAUAGCCGAUGCACUAGGUGAAGAUGAAGCUGAUGUUGUGAUCAGUAAUGAGUUUGAAAUUCAUACUGAAGCAAAGUCUGACGAAGUCGAGAGAGGCCUUGAGUCUACCACCCUGGGUGAUGAGAUAUACGGGAAAGAACACAACGAAAAUGAGCUGGCUAUGGAUGAUAAAUCCAAAAGUCUUCCGAAAAGAAAGAGACUUGUUCUUGAUGCUGCACUGGAGACUGAAAUUAAAGAUCUUUAUGAGAAAUUCAAGGAGGACAGGAACUGUAGCAGACUUAUUGCAGAGAAUCUUGGUACUGAUGUCGAAGUUUCACCUGCUCAGGUUUCCAAUAAGCUUAGACGGAUGGGGUUAAAAGUUUCUCAAAGAAAGAGGAGGCAAUAUGCAGAUGAAGCCUUUUCUGCUACCUCUAAAAACCUCAAAGGAGAAAGCAAUGGGGUAGAAAGAAACAAUCUACUCGAUUCAGAUGUUUUGGGGGAAAGUUCUUUGAGUCAACCUUCGCACACGAGAAAAAGAGUUGUCGCUUUUGAUAAAGUAUAUGAAGAGAAGAUCAGAGCUUUAUAUGAGCAGUUUAAAGAUCAUAAGAGAUGUAGUUCUAUGAUUGCAAAUGCGCUGGAUGCUGGUAACAAAUUCACUUCUGCACAAGUUUCUCGAAAGCUCAAGCAAUUGGGUCUAUAUGUUUCUCAUCAGAAGAGGUCGAGUGAUGGUGAUCACAAUGAUUCUGUUAUGGACAAGGGAUUUGAGAGUGACGAUGAAACAUUGCUUUCAUUAAUAAAUAGGAAAAAAAGGAAGCAUCUUGCAACAGAAAAGCUCAGUUCCAUCUCAACGCAGAGCAUAUUAAUUGCUGAAGAAUCUGAAGGUGUAGAUGCAGAAAUGUCUACGCAAUGGGAGGACAGCAACCAAGCGAGUAGGUUGGAACCUAUGGGGGUUGGUAAAGUGCCUUCCGAUGAUGUUCAGUUGAAUGACUUCACAGAAGUUGAAGGUAAGGAUGCUGAAGCUGGCGUCAGUAUGGAUGAUGAGCUUGCAGAUUCAGAAGGUGAAAUGGAUACUAAUGUGUAUCGUGCAAGUGCUACAACGGGAAGAAAGUUUAGGAUUGUUGAUCUUGAGGAUGAAGAUUGAGAUGGGAAUGGUCAGGUUUCAGUUUAACUUCAGUGUGGUUUGUUGGAACAAAAUUAAUGAUAAUGGGUUGAGAUGAUAGGGUCGCUACAAGUAUCCCAAUGUGGAGGAAGCUGAGGUUAAAUGCUAAGGUCAGUGGUUGUCUUCUGAAGCAAUGUUAACGUGAUUAUGAUAUGCGCAACACAACCAACAGUUGGAGUUGAUAUUGUGUAGCAUUAUUUGUGUACAUUAUUAGAAUUUUGAUUUUGAAGUAUUGUAUAGAAGAAGAAGAAAAAGAAGAAGAAUUUUGCCAGA